AUGUUGGCCCUCCUCCUGCUCAGCGCGGGCUUCGCGACGGCCCAGGAGAGCGGCGCCGGCGUGUCGAAGUCGACCUUCGCGGCUUCGAAGCCCAAGGAGGGCAUGCAGUUCCUCCUGGACUACCUGCCCGUGAGCGUGGCCCAGGACGAGUGCGCCAAGGACCGCUGCAACUGCACGUGGCUCGGCGACUCCUUCAGCGUGCUCCAGGGCCGCGUGAGCCUCCACGAGCGCGGCGAGGGGGGCUUCGGCCUCCACCUCGUGGCCACCGAGCACAAGCUGACGACGGGCGGGCUGACGGUGGAGGCGGUCGAGGCCUCCUUCUCCGAGAAGCUCGGCGGCAUGGCCGCCUUCGACGCCUUCAUGGACUACAACACGCACUUCUUCGCGACGCACGACUACUUCGACCUGCUCCUGAACAACUUCCGGGCCGGCGGCGUGCCCUUCCUGCCCUUCCGGUUCCCGGGGCUGGGCGGCGCGAGCUGGUACGGCGCGAUCGCGCACGUCCCGAACACGCAGAUGGUCCUGGAGUUCUCCUCGAACAGCAGCGCCGUCCUCGCGCCGCUCGCGGCGACGCUCCUCGAGCUGGAGCCGCGCCUCCCCGCCGCGGUGCUCCGCCGCGUCGCCGCGUCGGCGGAACGGCAGCUCCAGGUCGCCGUCGUGUCGCGCGCGUCGAGCGACGUCGCGGCCAUCGAGGCGUUUUACGUGCAGGGCAUGAACACGUCGCUGUCCUUGUUCUACGAGAGCGACGACGACACCGUCAAGACGCGCUGCGUCAAGUGGCAGGACGCGACGGUCGACGUCUGCUUCCGCCAGCGGUCCCCGUCGGCGACGUCGGGCGACUUCUCCGUGGCGGCCUUCGAGUCGAUGCUCCACGCCGUGCACCACACGCUGCUCCGGGACCCGAACUGCGGCAUGGACCGCUGGCAGGACAACCACUACGCGAUCGACGCGCCGGAGCUGAACGCGGAGUGGAUCCUGCGCUACCUCGACGACCACGAGGACGCGCGCUACGUCUGCAACGGCGACAGCGUCCACUACCUCUUCGACCCGACGGGCUUCGCCGUGCAGCUCGACAUGGGCAUCAACGGUAGCGCGGUCCGGUGCGACGCGCGCGACUGGGACAGCGGCCUCGAGCCGGACUACUCGUGCUGGAACGGCGUCUGCGCCGACGCCUUCGCGCUGGCCUUCGGCGGGCGCAACGCGUCCCUGCCGUUUGCGGCGCGCCCGCGCCGCAACGGCACCGCGGCGUCCGAGGAGCUCGCGGCGCUCGCGGCGGCCGUCGGCGCGCCGCCGACCUUCGUCCUCGCCGCGGGCCUCGUCGCGACCCUCGCGCUCGUCGCCUUCCGGCGCGCGCCGAAGCCGACGGAGUACGCGUCGCUGAAUUAG